CGAGCUCUUCUCUCGCUCUCUCUCUCCUCCCUCGGCACCCGUCGAAAGGAAAAUUGCACCACUAGCACAGUGAGCAGUGAAAAAAUCGUGAGAUUCGCUCUUGCUUCGCAGUAGUCACUGCUUCUCAGCGGAAGUUUGGCGGCGCCACCAUGUGCAUCAACUUCCUCCCCUGCUCGGAGCCCGAGGUCCCCGGCAUCUACUGGCGUGACGACGACGAAUGGCGCCCCUACGACCGCGCCACGUCCCGCGCGAUUCUCAAGGCCGCCUCUCUGGGCCUUAGCAGCGUGAGCCUGGGAGUUUUCACGUCGAGUGUUUACCCCAACGGCCAGUCUUACACGCUGAAUUUGGUGACUAUGGAGCAAAUUAACCCUGUUAGCGAUCAGGGACGGCCGGUUCUUGUCAUCCCGAGGAUCUCGCUAAAGGACCUGAGCACCACAUUGAGGACCCCUUCUGUGAUUUGGAGCCGCAUCAUCGACGCGUUUACCACUGAGGCGUACAUUCAGCACGUGGUGGGUCAGCGGUGCAGCUCGGUGGUGUCAGUUCGCAAGAACCCCUACCUGACGCGCGGAUCCGCGCUGCUCACGCGUUUCCUCGCGACUGCUCAGAACCUGCCCGCUGAUGGUGCACUGGUCAAAGGUCUGACGUACAUGGAUACGGCAGAAGCCGCCAGCCUAGACCUCGCGUUUCACGGGACAAGGUCGACCAGUUUUGACCCUAUUCUGCGCAACGGCAUGUGCCCUACGAAGCGCUCGAGCGACCCUAGGGGAGACUGGUUCACGCGCGAUGUGUCUACCGCAUUGUCUUAUUCCGUGUCGAGGGAAGGAAAUGGCAGCCACAAAAAGCUGAUUGCAUUUUUGCUGCUUGUGGAGAGGAAGGCAGUGGUGCAGGAGAGUGGCGAUGUGAUUGUACUGAAUGAUGCGAGCUACCAGCUUCCUAUCGCGGAAAUCACAGUGCAGUAAGCUGUAUCGCGGUAUUAUCUGUACAUAGCAGUGCUAGUGUAGCUACCAGUGUGCAUGCAUAUGUUUGAUGUAGGAUUUUUUUAAGUUACCAUACUGUUUCGUAAAACU